AUGCGCGUUCUAGAGGCGUCUAUGAUGGAAUACGCCAACCGAUCCCCCUCCCGUCAAUCCUCCUCCUCUUCCUCCCGCCCGCCUCGCCUCAACCGCGGCCUAGGCAACGGCGGGAGCAGCGGCGGCGCCAGCAGCCGCGGGUCGUUCGCCAUCCGUCGCACGUGGUCGCAGGGAUCUAACGGAUCUGCUUCGUCGCCGUACAGCACCAACAGCAGCACGACGCGUUCGCCCUGCGGCGGAAGCACCACACCUGUUCUGGACGAGCUUUCGCCCGGGUUGGGGUCUGGGCGACUGCUGUCGCUGGAGACGCCGAGGCACCGGAUUGGUCGGCGACUGCAGAAGCACCUGAGCGAUCGCAUGUUCAGGGAGUCGUUCUGGAGUCCCGCGCCGCCGCGCGACUCGCUUCCCAAGCCGUUCACGUUCAAGAAGCCCGAGGGCAACGGCGCUGCUGCCAACAUCUCGCUCGUUCUUGUUGCGAUUCUUGCGACCGUAGGAAUAGCCAUUGCGCUGGCCAUGGUGUCGAUGCCAUUCCUGGGGCUCAUCGAGUCGUACUUCACAGGAGAGCCCGCCAGCCUCCCCACGCUCUUCCCCCACCCCUACUCCCCGUUCGCCUACUCGGGCGGGGGCGGAGAGGAGUCCAUGAUGGUCACUGGCAGCUUUGACUCGGGCUUCAAUUGGGGUUGUGCCAAUGGGGAGAACUGCCAUCUCUCCAAGGUUCUUCUAGCAGCGGCGCUAGGCUUGUCUGCGCUGCUCGUCCUGCUCAUGUGCUUUGCGUUUUUUGUGGAUAAGGUUUUAUCCAGAAUGCUGGGGCAUACCAUUCAAGGUAUGCAUUGGGGUUCCGCAUGA